AUGGCUCCCUUAGGUGAAGUUGGGAACUAUUUCGGUGUGCAGGAUGCAGUACCCUUUGGGAAUGUGCCCGUUUUGCCGGUGGAUAGUCCGGUUUUGUUAAGUGACCACCUGGGUCAGUCUGAGGCAGGUGGGCUACCCAGGGGGCCUGCGGUCACGGACUUGGACCAUUUAAAGGGGAUCCUCAGGCGGAGGCAGCUAUACUGCAGGACUGGAUUUCAUUUAGAAAUCUUCCCCAAUGGUACUAUCCAGGGAACCAGGCAAGACCACAGCCGAUUUGGUAUACUGGAAUUUAUCAGUAUAGCAGUGGGCUUGGUCAGCAUCCGAGGAGUCGACAGUGGACUCUACCUUGGAAUGAAUGAGAAAGGGGAACUGUACGGCUCGGAAAAAUUAACCCAGGAGUGUGUAUUCAGAGAGCAGUUUGAAGAAAACUGGUAUAACACAUAUUCAUCAAAUCUAUAUAAACACGUGGACACUGGAAGACGAUACUACGUUGCGUUAAAUAAAGAUGGGACUCCAAGAGAAGGGACUAGGACUAAACGGCAUCAAAAAUUUACACAUUUUUUACCUAGACCAGUGGACCCUGAGAAAGUACCGGAACUAUAUAAGGAUAUUUUAAGCCAAAGUUGACAAAGACAAUUCCUUCACUUGAGCCCUUAAAAAGUAACCACUAUAAAGGUUUCAUGCGGUGGGUUCUUAUUGAUUAGCUGUGUCAUCACAUCAGCUCCACUGUUGCCAAACUUUGUCGCAUGCAUAAUGUAUGAUGGAGGCUUGGAUGGAACAUGCUGAUUUUGUUCUGCACUUAAAGGUUUGUCCUCCUGGAGGAGAGCCUAUGCCCACUCGCUUGAUUUAGUACGAGAGGGAGCGAGAGAGAGUGAGUGCGAGAGAGAGAGAGAGAAAGGGAGAGGAUGAAUGGGAGUGAGAGCGCGAGAGAGAGGAGCCAAGGGGAGGAGGAGGAGGAAGGCCUGAUGCAUGCUGGGGAAUAGACACGCUUUUAAAUUUUUGAUCAGUUGUACUUCGUCAUAUAUCAGCAUAGCUGCCAUACUUUGAUUCAUCAGGAUUUUUGGCUGGUGGCCUGCUCAAGUGUACGCUGCAUUUACAAAGGCAUGGAGGGUGCAGUCUUACUUAAACAAGAGACUUUUCAGUUAAUCGCUCUCUGGGUCUCACCCCACUGAGUUUAAAGCAAAGACCUCUUAGUAAAAAAAUAAAAAUAAAAAGUUAAAUUUAUUUAUAGAAAUUCCAAAGGCAACAUUUUAUUUAUUUUAUAUAUUUAUUUAUUAUAUAGAGUUUAUUUUUAAUGAAAUAUGUACAGGCCAGAUAGGCAUUUUGGAAGCUUUAGGCUCUGUAAGCAUUAAAAUGGCAAAGGCCACUAUGAACCUGUGGUAAAUUCAUGCAAGUAAAUAUAAAAGUGCAUGGAUAAAAAAAAAACAACAAUAAAAAGGUAAUAAUAAUAAUAAUAAAUUCUAGUGACCCUCAUGUACUAAAGGCGACAAUCUCUUUUGUGCCCGUAUUAUUGUACAAGUAUGCACACCACUCAUGACACUGAGUCCUCACUCUUCUGACUGCUUGUUUCAUAGCUUACCCCCAGAGGAUUAAAGAGAAAACUGGGUCUUCACCUUUUUUUAUGUGUCUGUAAUAUUUCCUCUCUGAUAAAGUGACUUCUUACAUCAUUGUAAACUUCACAGCUGUGGAAAAUAUAGGGGUUGGAAUAUAUUCUACUUGUUAAAACCUAUUGCAGAUUAUACCAAAGCUAAAUGAUAAAUAUGCUUUUUUUUUUUCCUAAAGCAGAAUGCCAGAAACAACAUAAGUAAUAUCAACAAUUGUACUAAUUUUAAGAUUCCACAAACAGCACAUAACAGUUUCAGAGGGCAAGAACCAGGUUAACAGGAUCACUCUUGUAAACAUGUUUAUUUGUGCACUUGACUAUCUACUAUGAAAUUAUACAAGUUCCAUAGGGGUCAUUGUAACAUCUUUUAUGGAAAAUUGCUUUCAGUGUGAACUGUCAUAAUACAUGAUAUUAGCACCCUUCCUAAAGUAAAACUUGCAAAAUGAAACUAAUAAAUC